AUGUUGUACAACGUGCCCAGCAGAACUGGUGUCAACAUGUCCCCAGAGAUUAUUAUCAGACUUGCAGAUUUGGACAAUAUCGUCAGCCUCAAGCAAGCCACAAGCGACUUAGACCAGUUCGUUGAAAUCAGGAAGAGUACGUCCAGUGAUUUUCAUAUAUAUGCAGGUGAUGAUGCUGUCACGCUUCCUUUCUUAUCACUAGGCGCCACGGGUGUGGUCUCUGUCGCCAGCCACUUCAUCGGGAAUCAGCUCCAGGACAUGGUCACAAAAUACGCUGCAGGAGAUGUAACCGGAGCUACCGAAAUACAUCUCAAAUAUUCGAAAUUGUUUAACGAUCUCUUCAUCAUGACUAACCCCAUUCCGACCAAGACGGCCUUGAGAUUACAAGGUUGGAGUGUCGGGGGACCACGUCUGCCAUUGAUAGAUGCAACCCCAGAUGUAGAGGCCAGGCUAGCCCAAUUACUCGAGGAACUGAAUCUGCUGUAACUGCUGCGCUCGACUCGGACCGUUUUCUUCCAUGCACAUUAAAAAGGGACCUGACACCAACAUCGGUGGAGGUUUGAUAGAGUGCAA